AGCCGCUUGUUAUAUAGAGCGUCAGUUUUCCCAAAAGCCUCGAAGUAAUAUCACGAGCUUUUGGAAUGUCCCGAUGUCUAGUAUUAUUCCUGGCAAUAGCCCUGGCUUGUAGUUCAUCGAAUGCAGGCUUAAGAGAUUGGCUCGAUCGAGCAGAUGCUAUAGCGUUAGCGUUUGAAGAUUUUACUCUCUUCCCAUCAAAGAUGAUAUUUUCCAUUCUGGGUACAAAAAAAUCUCCAGUAGCGCCAAUGAAGCGGAUAAUUGCCGAAUCAUCAGAUAACAGUGAUCUAAUAACAGUUAUCAAAAGUCCCGAAGGAGGUCCUCCGGAAUAUAAUGGUGUAAAGAUCUCGCCGGGUGGAACGCUUGGCAAAAUAUCAAGUGGAAUUGGCAACAGAGUAAGUGCAGUGGCCGAUAAAAUAACAGAUAGAAUCGGCGACAGAGUUGGAGCAGUUGCCGAUAAAAUAUCCGAUAAAGUGAGCGAAAGCAUUGGUGGUGUCAGCGAUAGACUCGCAGGUGGUUUGGUUGGUGGAUUGAGCGAUUUGACUAGCCCACUGACAAAUCGUUUGACUGGAGGAUUCUUUGGAGGCGGUAAUUCAAAUAAACCUUCUGAUGAUGGCAAUGAAUCAAUCAUGGGCCGAGUGAGUAGCAAAGUCACUGGCAUCUUCCGUAACGAUAAGCCUAAAGAAAAUGAACAGCCACAAGGCCAGUCUCCACAAACAAAUGAUAAAGAAACUGAUCUAGACAUUGGAUUGACGGAUACGGUGGAACUGGAAAGUCAAGGCAAUCAAAAUGCAGCAAAUGGUGGUCAACAAAAUAAAGGCAAUAAUAAACCUGGAGGUAUAUUUGACAGUGUUGUUAAUCCAUUUAGAGGUUUAUUUGGUUAAGUGUGUAAUGUAGAGCCUUGCUGAGAUAAUAAAUAUUUAAACAUAAUAAUGUUUAUUAAAAUAAAGUGAAAUAUUUCUAUUAAGCUAUAUUUGAAGUUGGUUGAAGAGGAAAAAAAUUCACCG